CACACCACCCCCCACAAGGCCACGCACUUUCUCUCUCUAAAACCUUGCAUAUAUUUUUUUUUUUCUCUCUCUCUCUAAACCUCUCUUCCUUCCUUGCCUACAAAUAUGAGGAACUUCUCUUAUUGUCUUGCAGCUACUUCUUGUAUCCUAAUGAGUCUUGUUUUAAUUUGACAAAAUACCCGAACAAAAAGCUCAGAGCUUUACCCUUUAUUGAAGAGACACAAUUGAGUCUUCUCUUUUAUAUAUAUAUAUAUAUAUAUAUAUCACCGCCUCAAAACCAUUGUAUUUUGCACAUAAUUUUUAGCUUAUUCACACAGGCUUGAAUCUUGUAUUGGAGGCAUAGUUUCUCCAUGGGAGAGGCUCCAGCUUUUGUUUUUGAUGAUCUGCAGGACGCAAAUCAGAAUGGAUUUGGUUUAAAAUCUAAAGACUCUGGAACUGCAUUUACUAUUCGAGAUAAAACUUAUGUGAUUGGUUGUGAUGACGAUGAAUCCACAUUAUCUAUUGGAGUUCUCAUUAUCGAUAAUGCUACUGGGAAUUCGAUAAUUCCAACUGUACUGGGAUCAAAGCCCAAGCCAUGUAAAGGUUAUUCAGCUGUACCAUUGAAUGCUGAUCGAAUUUUGAUCAUUAAAAAGGGAUCUGCUCCUGAUGACUGCAUAUGGUUUCUUGAGGUGGACACUAAAUAUGUUAAACAGCAGAAAAAUAAUUUGGGAAAAGAGGUUGUUGCCUGGAGUAAGGGUGUGAGUGGAAAUGCUGAGAAGCCAGUUGUCAUUAGUGGUCCUUCUGGAGUAGGCAAGGGAACAUUAAUAUCAAUGCUCAUGAAGGAAUUUCCAUCCAUGUUUGGAUUUUCUGUAAGCCACACAACCCGUGCUCCAAGGGCCAUGGAGAAAGAUGGGGUGCACUACCAUUUCACUGAGAGAAGUGUUAUGGAGAAAGAGAUAAGAGAGGGGAAGUUCCUUGAGUUUGCUUCUGUUCAUGGAAACCUUUAUGGAACCAGUAUUGAAGCCGUUGAGGUGGUGGCAGAUGCAGGAAAGAGAUGUAUUCUUGACAUUGAUGUUCAAGGGGCGAGAUCUGUGAGCGCAAGCUCUCUGGAAGCAAUUUUCAUCUUUAUAUGCCCACCCUCAAUGGAGGAGCUUGAGAAGCGACUUCGUGCAAGGGGAACUGAGGCAGAAGAGCAGAUUCUCAAGCGACUCCGAAAUGCAAAGGCAGAAAUAGAACAAGGACAAUCAUCAGGAAUCUUUGAGCACAUUUUGUAUAAUGAUAACCUUGAUGAGUGUUAUGAGAACCUAAAGAAACUCCUGGGAUUGGAUGGUACCACAGUGGCCAUGCAGAAAUCAACAUCCCAAGGGAUCAACCUGCCUGAGGACCAUUCAAUAUCGAAAGUUGAUAAUAAAAUCAUCAUAAACUGUGGAACACCAGAACUAGAGAAAGCAUCAAAAAGCUUUAUCAUCUUGGAUGCAUCCUCACUCAAAGGGGGGGCACCCGGACGGACAAGGGGACUCGAUGUGCAUGCUAUCGACUCGUUUUCAGAUGGACUGAAUGGGAUCAAUGAGCUGAGCUAACGACUGGAGAAGCCAUUGUUACUAACUUGGUUUCUCUUAAUCCAUAAUUUCUUCAAUCUUUGCUAUAUAACUAAGAAAGGGAAUGGUGACAGAGUUCUCUCUAGAUGUGAAUUUGAUUAGUAACCCCAUAUCUUUGAUCCUUGUCGUUUCCAUUUUAUAUUUCCAAUCAUUCUUCUCCCCUGUUUUUAGAAAAGGAGAUGACUUGGAUUAUCAUUUGAACAAUUACUAUUUGCCUUCAAGGGGCAAUGAGAGAUGAUUUUAUGAUUUCUGCGGGAAAUGGAAGUGUUACAGAGUUGUGCAAUAAUGUAAUCUACUAGACAGAUCUCAAUUAUUGGAAUUAAUUAUAUCAUCCCAGCUCUUUAGUCAACGAAGGUAAUGGAAAUUUGCAGCUUCAGCGGGAACAGUUAAAAGGGUUUCCCUUUCCAAAGAUGCAUUAUUGGAAAAAAGUUGGCACUUGACUUUCAGCAAUGCGUUUGCGUGAAGGCGAGGAGGAGGAGGAGGCUGCAAGGAAAGACGGCCACUUCUGCAAAUGUCCGAAUACCAGAAUUGGCUUUGAGGUUGCCCUAAUUGGGGGUUUUCAAGUAGAGUCUGCCUGUACAUGGGAUCGCAGUCACGUUUUGGUUGGCCGUAAUUGUCCAAUAGGCUUGUUGCUUUUUGCAUAAAGCAUCACAUCACAUCACAUGUACAACUUCUCUCAUUAUUUUGAGUAAGUUGCACGGUGGUCCCUCAUGUUUAGGCAUAAUAUCAGGAUCGUCUCUAAUUUUUAUUUUAUAUCAAUAAACUCUCUCAAUUUUAACUAGGGUAUUAA